AUGCGAGGCAAUUUUACCAGUGUGCGAGCGCUCUGGAGCUCUUCUCUCCCUCUAAGAGUUAGAAUCCAUCCAUUGACUUCAUAUGCGCCAUGCUCUACCCUCCGCUUCCAACGGUUCAGCUCCCACGAUGGACCAGCGCCACACCUCCCAGAGCGGAGCCAGCACGCUCGUCGCCGCCGCUCAAGAAAAUCGCCCAAGAAUGAAAACGUGACACUGGCUGUCAAUUCUCUGGGAGAACCAGGCCGAAUUGUUGUGGUACCUACCAAACGAAGUCCUCGAUCGAAACGCCAAAGAAAAGAAGCAUCGGAUGCCGCAGUGGACGAUGCACGCCCGGUCACAUUUCAGUCAAUGCUGAACGAUCUUGGAGAGGAAAUGUCGCCUUUGACGCCGGAUGUGAUUCAGAAACGGAUUGAGAUACUUCGAGACUCGAAUCAGUCAAAUCACAAUAUGUCUGCCAGCGAUUGGGAGAAUUUGCGCACCACUCUAUCGUCCUCAUUUACCUACAGACAAUUAUCGGAUUAUAUUGAGGAGUUCGAAGCCAGGGAGCAUGGCUCAGAUGAGAGCCCAAAGUGGAGACCUGGGACCUCUCCUUUUUUGAAUGCCAACCCAACCCUGCGGACUGAAGUCACAGAACGGGUUGCUUCAGCACAGGCCUUGGAAGGAAAGUCUCUCCUAUCAGAGAGGAUCCUUCGAGACUGUUGGCACCUGUCGAUUGCGAAUGAAGUUGGCCAGUUGGAUCUUCGACUGGCACCUUCCUUCAUUACACUACUUCUCAAUUCCGAACAUUUCUCUUUCGACGAGGUCGCCUCCAUCUAUGGAUGUAGCAUCGACGUCACCCGUUCACUUGGCCUAGUGAGACUCACAGGAUGCCGUUCUGCAUGCGAACCAGUCCAUCAAAUUAUACUUGAUGCAGCAUCGAGAAUUCAUAAGCAAGAAGUUGGGAUUGACCCCCACUCAAAGUUGAGUCCAGGGCUUGCCCAGGUGUUUUCUCAGGCAUUCCUAGAAUGGGUUGGUCAUACAUAUGGGGUUGCCGUGACACAAGAAGCAUCCGAUAUCCCAGAUAAAAUUCUGUACCUUGCAGAGAAUAAAACGGGUGCUGCAAAUGCCCGUCGAAGUCUACAAUUAGCCCUCUACCAGAACAACCCGGCGCCUGUGCCCUUCUCUACAUAUUUUCCUGCCUCAGAACAGGCAAACCUAUACGACUAUAACCCAAAAAUGAAUACCACCUGGUUUAAUCGUCAAAAGCCUUGGUUGCGAUGGGCCAACCCCUCGCGAAUAAUGGGAAGCCUGCAGCAUGAGACUCCCUUCUUUGAUGAUCACCAAACACGACUGUCUGACCACCUUCUCAAAUUGCUUCGAGAUAUCCCUAAGGCAAAGUCCAACGCGACCGAUGGCUACGGUCUUCAAAUACACGAGUCUGUCACUGCAGCCGUCGGCAGAUGUCUUUUCUCCCGGAAAUCACCAUUCGAAGAUCCGGCCAUCAGUGCUUUGCAACUUGGAAGAUUGUCUUUGCCACGGAUUUUCACUACUGACAUCACAAAUACAGCCCCCUUCUUGGAAAAUAUACGACCGAUCAAGUCCGAAGAUGGGACACAGACCUACCGCCUGCGCUUGACUCCAGCUGCCGCGCACGUCGAUGUUGCACCGGAGCUUGAGAUUGAAGCCAUCUCAAGACCUGGACAACCUUUCGAGGUACAAAGUGUUAACGUAGUUUUCGACACCAAUUCCGUCGAUUAUCUUUUGCCAGAGAAUGGUCUCGAUUUGCGCUUUACUCGCACGCAACACUCCAUAGUCUCGCGGGAGAACCUUGAAUCAUCCGAUUACCAGGCUUUUGCUGAAAGCAUAAAAGACUCCUUGCGAACUUCAUUCGGUCCGCAGACGAUGCCUUCAGACUCUUCCUCAUUACCACCUUUCUGUCAAAUUAUCCUCCCCAGAGGCCUUCUCCGAUUCUCGGCACAUUCCACACGCGCUACCUCGUCGACGAUGGCAACCGAAGUUCCCGAAGGGCAGCUCUCCGUCGAGUACAUUUUGCCACCACUCAAAGACAUUCAGGGAGCUGCUAUUCAACAGUACAAUUUUGACGGCAGACCUUUGACUUUCCGUUACUAUGAAAGUGGGCCGUUUCUUGCUUCCCAUACCACCGAUGUGUCUUUAGAUAUCGAUAUCUCGAACGGCACGUCGGAGCUGAAGCAGGACCAGCCGGACAACUCCCUGGAACAAGAAUUCCAUUCGUUCUACAACACUGCUUGUCGCAUGGCCUUCGAACUCCACCGCGCAAGACAUGUGCAAGACGAGAACUGA